AUGGAAUCUGAAGAAGAGAUCAGAACUGAACUAGAGACUGUGGAUGAUUUCUCACAAGUGCUACCAACAAAAGCCUUAUAUAUUGCAGGUGCCUUGAAAUCAAAAACAUCAUUAUCCCCUAACAUAAUUCUUACAUUUUUGCAUAAAGUUUACUCAGACUUUAAGACAGGAAAAGUCCCUGAAGAUGCCAAAGCUAAAAUAGAAAUUGCUUUAUAUAAAGGAGAUUUAGGGAAUGCUAAAACUUUAUUAGAAAACGCAUUAUUUAACAGCUUAUUUAUUCCUCAAGAAAUUCUUCAGCCUGCUGUCCAAAAUAAGCCUGAAACUGCUUUUUACUGUGCCAAAUGCAAAUAUGCAAUUCUUGAUGAUGACUGUAUUGUCUUGGAAUCAUGUACUCAUACAUUUCAUUUAAAAUGCCUUACACAAUAUCUAAAUGAAAAUAUUACAAAAAAUACAAUAAAAAUUUCAUGCCCAAGCUGCCAUGUAGAAAUUCAGCCAGGAUUUUUCCAACAAUAUAUUGAUAAGAAUCUGAUGAGGUAUUAUGAAAAUCUUGCAUUUGAAAGAUUGAUUAAAAGCGGGGAAAUCGGAAGAAUAAUUAAAUGCCCUAAUUACUCCUGCACUGCGCAAUUUGAAAUCCAGGAUCAAACCACCUUAGAAUGCCCUGAGUGUCACAGAAAUAUUUGUGGGAAAUGUGAAAAAGUCCAAUCAGACUGCCAAUGCAACAAAUAUAAUAAUUUUUUCAGCAAAUUGCAGUGCCCUUUUUGCAAAAGGCGCUGCAAAAUCAACAGAAGAAAAGGGCCUUAUAUUUGCAAAGGAUGCGAUAUGUGUAGAAGAUGCCGAAAGGUAGUCUACAAUUGCCAAUGUAGAGCUUAG